AUGGCAGCUCUUAAAGAUGACGUAGCACAAGCGCACGGUCUAGCUGGAACUGUGCCGCUGGAACAGGCCAAAAAUGUUCAGGUCCAGAGUAUCGCAGCCCUGAAAGACGUGGUCUUCGGCUCAACGGCUGGUGUAUUGGGAAAGUUCAUUGAGUAUCCCUUCGACACUGUCAAGGUCCGGCUACAAUCGCAAAACGCUCAAUCUGGGCAUGCGCGGCUUCAUGGUCCGCUCGACGCAUUUGCAGCCGCCUUCCGUGCACCUGAGGGACCUCUGAUCAAUCUGUACCGAGGUAUCAGCGCACCUUUGGUCGGAGCGGCCGUCGAGACCUCGUGCCUUUUCUUCAGCUACCGACUAGCACAGGAUGCCGUCGCAUCAUUAUUGCCGUCUCUCCAGCAACAAAAUGAGAGCCAGAAGGACAAAGUCCAGCUGCCAUUCGUCUAUCUGUUGGCAUGCGGUGCAGCAUCUGGAGCCUUUACUUCCCUCGCACUUACGCCUAUCGAACUAGUCAAGUGCAAGAUGCAAGUACCGACAACAUCAGCCGGCCAGUUGCUGAAGUCGCCCAGUAUUUUGCAAAUCAUAGGGAAUGUUUUCCGGACACAUGGUUUAUUGGGCUUCUGGCAUGGCCAGCUCGGCACCUUGAUCCGCGAGACUGGCGGCUCCGCAGCCUGGUUUGGCUCGUAUGAAGGCGUCAAGAUGUUGUACUUCAAGUACGACUCUUCGCUUCACAAGCCUGAGGAUGUGAAAGUAUGGCAGCAAAUGACGGCAGGUGCAGUCGCAGGCAUGCUUUAUAACUUUGCCUUCUAUCCUGCUGAUACCAUCAAGAGUCGAAUGCAGACAGAAGAGGUUGGGAUCGCGAAGAAAGGAACGUUCCUGGGCAUUGGGAAAGAUCUCUGGAAGCAGUCUGGCGUGCGGGGUUUCUAUAGAGGUUGUGGGAUCACGGUUUUUCGGGCGGCGCCGAGCUCUGCCAUCAUUUUCAGCGUCAUGGAAGGGCUACGAAAACAUUUGGGAUGA